GAUGAUCAGAUGGCUAUUGCUUUGGCAAAAAAUGGCGGCUUAUCAUUUGUAUUUGGAUCUCAAACUAUCCAAAAGCAAGUAGAAAUGAUUGAAAAGGUCAAACAGCAUAAAUCUGGCUUCGUUAUUAGUACAGCUAAUCUGAUCGCAGAAAAUACAUUAAAAGACGUUAUUGCUUUAAAAGCGAAAACGGGUCACUCUACCAUUGCUAUCACUGAUAAUGGUACAGCCAAUGGUAAGCUUGCCGGCAUUGUUACCAGCAGAGAUUAUAGAAUUGGUACAGAUCUGAUGGAUAAGAAAGUCAAAGAAUUUAUGACUCCUUUUUCAAAACUGAUUACUGCAAAAGUGGGCAUUACUUUGAGCGAAGCCAACAGUAUCAUCUGGGAACAUAAGUUAAACAGCCUUCCUGUAGUCGAUGAAGAUAAUAACUUCAAGUUCUUUGUUUUCAGAAAAGAUUAUGAUAACCAUAAAGACAAUCCUUUAGAACUAUCUGAUGAGACUAAAAAACUAAUUGUAGGCGCUGGGAUCAACACCAGAGAUUACAAAGACAGAGUUCCUGCAUUGGUUAAUGCCGGUGUAGAUGUUUUAUGUAUUGAUUCAUCUGAUGGAUAUUCUGAAUGGCAAAAAGCAACUCUGGAAUACAUUAAAGCAGAAUAUGGUGACCGUGUAAAAGUUGGUGCCGGAAAUGUGGUUGACAAAGAAGGGUUUUUAUACCUUGUUGAAGCAGGUGCUGAUUUUGUGAAAGUUGGCGUUGGAGGUGGUUCGAUCUGUAUCACCAGAGAAACAAAAGGAAUAGGCAGAGGACAAGCAACUGCUUUAAUUGAAAUUGCUGAAGCAAGAGAUCAAUAUUUCGAAGAAACAGGGAUCUACAUUCCAAUCUGUUCGGAUGGUGGAAUAGCUCAGGAUUACCAUAUGGCAAUUGCACUGGCUAUGGGAGCUGAUUUUAUCAUGAUGGGAAGGUAUUUUGCAAGAUUUGAUGAAAGUCCUACACAUAAAGUAUUAGUUGGUGGUAAUUACAUGAAAGAAUACUGGGGUGAAGGCUCUAACCGCGCCAGAAACUGGGAACGUUAUGAUAUGGGCGGUUCUACAGGACUAAAGUUUGAAGAAGGUGUUGAUAGUUAUGUUCCUUAUGCCGGAUCUUUAAAAGAUAAUUUAGAUGUUACUGUUGGAAAAAUAAAAUCAACCAUGUGCAGCUGCGGCUUUACCAGCAUUGCGAAGUUUAAAGAAGAUGCGAAACUUACCUUGGUUUCUUCUGUGAGCAUCGUAGAAGGUGGAGCACAUGAUGUGCUGGUUAGAGAAUAA